GGAGCAGCUUCGGGUCCCGCCGCCGCCAUGGCUGUGCAGGGGUGGUAGUGCGCGCGGCGGCAUCGGCCAUUGCAGAGGCGCAGCAUCAGCGGCCGCGGCCUCGGCACCUCCCGGCGUCUGCCACCAUGGCGUUUCUCAAGGCACCACACAGCAGCUUUGCUGUAAUCGAGAAAGAGACCAUCUACGUGUUUUUACUUUUUGACCACAGAGUACUAAAGCUUAGCAAAAAUGAGCCUCUCAGACACAGAGAUGAUGUUGGGGGACUUUCUGUCCCCCUUCAACCAGCCGUGUUUGGUGGCUGAAGAAGGUCUGGGACUCCUAGAUGACUACCUGGAGGUGGCCAAGAACCUCGGUUCGCGUGGGUUCUCCAGCGACAAGGCUAAAGUGGGCUCCUCCGAUUGGCUGGCUGUGGAUAGUUUGAACGAUGCCACAGACAACAGCCAGGAGGAUGCCUUUUCUGGCAUGGAUUGGAUGGGGGAGAAGAUGGAUCUGAAGGAGUUUGACUUUGAUGCGCUAUUAAGUAUUGAUGACCUUGAAGCCACCGUCUUCCCAGAUGAGCUCACAGCCAUGUUGGAAGACCCGCGUGAACCAUUUGACCCUUCCAUCCCAGAAAUUCCCAACAAAGAAACUCCACUGAAAGCAGAACCAGUUAUACAAUCCCCUAUGUCCCCCCCUGGGGCAGAUCAGGUGGCCCCACUAAUCCCUUUCUUGCAAUUUCCACUUUCCCCAAAGCCACUGAUUUCCACUGCAGACCAUUCUUUUAGUUUAGAACUAGGCAGUGAAGUGGAUGUUCUUGAAGGAGACAGAAAAACUGAAGCCCAUAUUGUUGUAGUGGUAAUUCCCAAGUGUGUGAAGGAGGAGGAAGUCCACUCUGACAAUGAUAGUGGAAUAGGCAUGAGCCCACCUUACUUAGGGACACCCCAGCAAAGUCCUGAAACUUCCAUUAGUUCCCUCAGUGAUGGCCAGUCAGUUAUAGCUGUGCAUGACAGUUCUGUGCGCCCCAAGCCUUACGAUCUCCCUGAAGAAAAGAUAGUGUCACCAAAGCUGAAGGGGGAAAAACGAGUAGAUAAGAAACUGAAGAAGAUGGAGCAAAAUAAAACAGCAGCUACACGCUAUCGGCAGAAAAAAAGGGCAGAGCAGGAAGCCUUAUCAGGAGAGUGUGGAGAACUAGAGCAGAAGAAUGAGGCUCUGAGGGAGAAAGCAGAUUCCUUGAGCAAAGAAAUUCAGUAUUUGAAAGAUCUGAUUGAAGAGGUCCGCAAGGCCAAGAGUAAAAAAGUUAAAGUCCCAGAAUAGGUAGUCAAAAGAAUAGAUGUUACAUGCAUGUAUAUAAGAGCUUGGUACAAACAGCUGUGUGUUACUGCCUAAUAAAUUAUUUUUUAGUAC